CGAAGGCUUCUGCAUUAGAUUACUGCUGCCUUUCUGGUUCCCACAUGCACCGGAAAUAUGGCGGCGCCCACGGUCGAAACGCAAGUCGUACCAGCUAAAAAACCAACCGUACGAGGACCACGGAGGGUGGCCAAUCAAAUUCCUGAUGAAAUCCUGCAAGACCCAGAGUUACAGGAGGCUAUCCGUGCUUUGCCUUCAAAUUACAACUUUGAGAUCCACAAGACAGUCUGGCGGGUGAGACAGGCCACGUCUAAGAGAGUGGCCCUGCAGCUACCGGAGGGACUGCAGAUGUUUGCCUGUGUCAUCGCUGACAUCAUCGAGAGGUUCACAGAGGCAGACACCAUUGUGAUGGGUGAUGUGACGUACGGAGCCUGCUGCGUGGAUGACUUCACGGCUCGGGCCCUGGGGGCAGACUUCAUGGUGCACUACGGCCACAGCUGCCUCAUCCCUAUAGACUCCACAGCAGGCAUUAAGAUGCUGUACGUGUUUGUUGAUAUCCAGAUGGACAACGCACACUUUCUGGACACGGUCAAGUUCAACUUCCCCCCUGGACACUCUCUGGCACUUGUCAGCACUAUCCAGUUUGUGGCUGCACUGCAGGCGGUGAGUGCAGCUCUGAGGCCAGAGUAUGAGGUGGUGGUUCCCCAGUGUCGACCCCUGUCCCCGGGAGAGAUCCUGGGAUGCACCUCGCCCCGCCUCGACCGUAACCUCAACGCCAUCAUCUACCUGGGAGAUGGCAGGUUCCACCUGGAGUCCAUCAUGAUUGCCAACCCAGAGAUACAUGCCUACAGGUACGACCCGUACAGUAAGAUAUUCUCCAGGGAGUACUAUGACCAUGAAGCCAUGCGGUCCAUCCGGCUCCAGGCCAUCGACAAGGCUCGCUCUGCCCAGAGAUGGGGCCUGAUCCUGGGCACGCUGGGCCGGCAGGGCAACCCUAAGGUCAUGGAGCACCUGGAAUCCAAGCUUGAGUCUCUUGGCAAGUCCUUCACUCGAGUGCUGCUGUCUGAGAUUUUCCCCAGCAAGCUGGACCUGAUGGCAGAAGUGGAUGCGGCAUCACUUGAGGCAUCAGCAUGGCACCCUGCUCUCCGUCCUGUUCCCCUACAUCCAGAGGGCUGCUAGGAAAUGGACAGGGGAAAUGGGGACACGUUCAGAGGCAGCGGCUGUAGUAGAUAGACGUAAAAUGGUGCUGACAGAGGGCUGCCUCGCUUCUAGUUCUUAGGAAAAUCUGCAGUAUUUAGUUUUAUUAUGUAUUAUUUCUUACAUUGUUAGCCCAGAAAAUCUUAAGUGUUAUUACAUACAACUGGGAAGAACUAUUAGAUAUCAGAGUGGCAUUAACUUCCCAGCACUACACUACUGACUCAAAACAAUGCCGCCGGAGAAGAGGUAGACGGAGCGGUCUCCUGGUCAGACUACGGAGGCACGCACACCACCCACCGCUUCCGAGUAUAUUACUCGCUAAUGUCCAGUCUCUAGAUAACAAGGUAGAUGAAAUUAGGGCAAGAGUUGCUUUCCAGAGAGACAUCAGGGAUUGUAACAUACUUUGUUUCAUGGAAACAUGGCUCUCUUGGGAUAAGCUCUCAAAGUCAAUACAGCCACCUGGAUUCUUUGUAUGUCGCGCCAACAGAAAUAAAUAUCUUUCCGGGAAGAAGAAGGGCGGGGGUGUAUGUUUCAUGAUUAAAGACUCAUGGUGUAAUUGUAACACCAUACAGAAACUUAAGUCCUUUCGUUCACCUGACGUAGAAUUCCUCACAAUCAAAUGCCGUCCAUAUUAUCUCCCAAGAUAAUUAUCCGCUGUUAUUGUCACAGCCGUGUAUAUGAAAUGGUCCACCCACACAGACAGCGUGGUGUUGAAGGCGCAACAGUGCCUCUUCAACCUCAGGAGGCUGAAGAAAUUUGGCUUGUCACCUAAAACCCUCACAAACCUUUACAGAUGCACAAUUGAGAACAUCCUGUCGGGCUGUAUCACCGCCUGGUAUGGCAACUGCUCCGCCCACAAACGCAAGGCUCUCCAGAGGAUGGUGCGGUCUGCACACCGCAUCACCAGGGGAAAACUACCUGCCCUCCAGGACACCUACACCACCCGAUGUCACAGGAAGGCCAAAAAGAUCAUCAAGACAACAACCACCCGAGUCACUGCCUGUUCACCCCGCUAUCAUCCAGAAGGCGAGGCCAGUACAGGUGCAUCAAAGCUGGGACCAAGGCCAUCAGACUGUUAAACAGCCAUCACUAACAUUGAGUGGCUGCUGCCAACAUACAGACUUGAAAUCAUUGGCCACUUUGAUAAAUUGAUCACUGGUCACUUUAACAAUGCCACUUUAAUAAUGUUUACAUAUCUUGCAUUACUCAUCUCAUAUGUAUAUACUAUGUUUUAUAUGUUUUAUACCUUCUAUUGCAUCUUGCCUAUGCUGCUCUGUCAUUGCUCAUCCAUAUAUUGAUAUGUAUAUAUUCUUAUUCCAUUCCUUUACUUAGAUUUGUGUGUAUUAGGUAGUUGUUGAGGAAUUGUUAGAUCACAUGUAAGAUAUUGCUACACUGUCGGAACUAGAAGCACAAGCAUUUCGCUACACUCACAAUAACAUCUGCUAACCAUGUGUGUGUGACCAAUAAAAUUUGAUUUGACUGUGACUGGAGUUACCUUUACCUCCCUGUAGCAACCCCUCUGUUUCCCUCUUCUGUCUCUUUCCCCCUUUCUCUUCUUCUCCUCUCUCAUUCUCUCACCCUCCCUCACUCUCUCAAUUUAAUCCAUCUCUCUCUGUCUAUGCUCCGUGGUGAGUGAUCUUAGCUCCGAUAUUGGCUGUAAAUUGAAUUGUGUGGCAUGCUGGGGACCUAGCCAGCGUGGCACAGCGCAUGUUCCCAGGCCAAUCUGUUAAGAUACUGUUCCUAAAGAGGGAGGUAGGGAUUGUCCAAUCUUUCUUCCCUCGUCUUCUAUCCUUCGCCUCUCUCUCCUGCACUCCUAUCCACUCAUUGCUUGUCUUAAAGACAUGCUCCGGUACUUUUGCUACUAAGAAAGUAUGUUUUAAACCUCCUGCUUUGGGCGGGAUGUGUGAAUGUGUAGUUCAUACAUCCAUAUUCUAUGAGCAGAAUUACUGUCUUACCUCAGUUAGCCACGAAAUCCCUAGUUUGAAAGCGACAGUUUUCUUAAAGCUGGGCCAUUUUCCCUACAUUUCCCCCCUAGCAAUUCAGGUUCUAGCCAAUAAGCUUCACCCCCCACAUUUGAGUACACAGCUAGCAAGAGGCCUGCCCAGCGUUAUCCAAUGAGUUUGCAGGGCGGGUCCACUGGCUCGGUGGACACAGCAGAGAGAGGGGGGGAGAGAGCAGUGACAUGGUCACAUAUCUGCACACGUGCCAUUUUCAGGGACCACUUUUGGCUUGUGAGCGCUACUUUCAGAACUAUUGGCUAAAAAGUAUACAAAAUACCAGAAAAUCUCUUCAAGUAUUCUGUGCAGAUUUUGUGCUUUACUUAGCUAGUACUGGGUCACCCCUCUUUCCUGAGGCUACCAGUCAUGUUUUAAAAUAAACACACUCAGCUACACUAUCCCCCAUAAUGAGUGGGGGAUAGUACUCAGGCCGUUCAGUCUGAUGCAUUUGCUGUGUUUGCUUGGCUAAAGGGCCCCCUACAUAGUGCACUAUCUUUGACUAGGGCCAAUAGGGUGCCAUUUUGGACACAGCCUAAGAGUCUGAAAAUACCUAAAGGUCAUAUCAGAACUACAGUUCUGUUCCAGUCAGAACUCGGCGUCAGCAUCCCAACUUCCUCCUCUGAGACUAAAGGGAAAACAUCUGACUCAGCUGCCUUCCAAAUUAGGCUUGUGAAUACUAAUUCGUCAAGUUUUUGUGGAAAUAUUUUCCCCCUAAAAAGGUAUUAUGAUUUAAAAAUGAGAAAAUGUCAUGCGUUUUGCCUGAGGGGGUGGAAUAUUUGAGUUAAUCGUGACAGAGACGAGGAGUGCAGUGAGGCCUCCAGUGGUACAGGUGAAGCCCCAAUCAAUUGUACUGUUCAAGGAAGCGACUAUGAUAUAAGACACAGUACAGUACUGCUACAAGGAUACAAACUGAGUGGGAGAGCGAGAGAGGAUGCAGAGAUGCACGUUAAACUUGUGAAAGUAUCCCUGAAGAUGAAGCAUGAUGCAGUGUUUUAGAGCUAGCUUCUUUCUCCCUCCACGACUUUCUGUACACCUGUGCACAGAUUCUGAAUCCAUAUAUUUGUCUUGAAAUCUACCUAGAUAUGUGCUCUCUCAUUCCUCACCGUGUCCAUGUGAAUACAGCUGAAUCCAUAAAUCUGUCUGGUGUAUUACUGGUGGCUGUCUGUGUUUGGAGAUAGACGGUACAGGGAGGGGCUGUCACCGUGGAGAUGGAGCUGUGGAUAGCAUUGAUUUGUGGAAGCUAACCCCUUUAACCCCGCACUGCCUCUCCAUCCUCCCAUCAUCCAUUCUCCUCAUCCUUCACUCUCACAAUCACUAAGAUAAACACAUCUCACUGCCAACCCCCCGCCUUUCUUUUCCAUCACCCCUCCCUCUCUAUCUUUCUGAAUGUCUCUCCCUCUCUAACACACUCCCAGCCCCCCUCCCCUCUGUCUGUCUUGCUAUGUAGGCUAGCUCCGUGGAGACUGGGCUAGUGCAGCUUUUUUAUUCAAGCUCACCUAACCUCUCCCUCUUCUUUGUCUUACCUCUUAUUCGUCCUCCUCUCACACCUUCGCACCUCUCCCUGUUUCCCUGUUUGUGUUCCCUCUCCCCUCCUCUCUCCCCCUGUCUCCUCUCAGCAUUCUUUCUUUCUCUCCCUGGUAUGAUGAAUGAAUGCAGAGUGUGUUUUGUGUUCAGAGUGAAUCAGGACAGAUCCUCUAACAUAUGCAGGAGAUCAGGUGGAGGCAGAGCUGCCUGCAGCCCAAUGCAGCAGCACAGAUUCACAUCAUGGACCUACCCACCCUGCUAUCUGAGAUGUGCACUGCCUCUUUAAUGCAAUCUCCCUCUUUCUCUGCUGU